CCGAAACCAGAUCCAUAUAAACCCCCUCUCGCCACUCGGCCUUCCCACGACAAUUCCUCAUUACCUAACUUUUUGAAUGGACAAACAAUCCUCCUCCAUGGCUACCAUUUCCAAAAGGCUCCAGGGAAAAGUGGCCAUAAUCACCGGAGGCGCUAGCGGCAUUGGCGCCGCCACCACGAAACUAUUUGUCCAAAACGGCGCCAAAGUCAUUGUCGCUGACAUCCAAGACGACCGCGGCCUGUCCCUCUGCAACGCGCUGGGCGCAAACGACACCGUCUCCUAUGUUCACUGCGACGUCACGAGUGAUUCCGACAUCAAGAACGCGGUUGACACGGCAGUGACCAAGUACGGCAAGCUCGACAUCAUGUACAACAACGCCGGCAUCCUGGGCGACUUUGAUUUCACGAUACAAGGUUCCAGCAACGAAACCUUCAAAAGGGUUUUCGAGGUCAACGUUUACGGAGCUUUCUUGGGGGCGAAGCACGCUGCAAGAGUCAUGAUGCCGGCAAAAGCAGGAGUCAUUCUCUUCACGGCGAGCUUAGCUUCGGUGGUGGCCGGAGAGGCACCUCAUGCCUACGCUGCGUCGAAGCACGCCAUUGUGGGGCUCAUGAAGAACCUGAGCGCGGAGCUAGGGCAGUACGGGAUAAGAGUGAACUGCAUCUCUCCCGGCGCCGUUUUGACACCGUUGGCGAGCAAUACGCUGAAGAUAGACAGCAGAGUGACGGAGAAAAUGAUGGGCAUGGUGAUGUCGAAGGGGAUGGUUCUGAUGGAGCCCGAAGAGGUAGGGAACGCGGCGCUUUAUCUGAGCUGCGACGAGUCCAAGUCAGUGAACGGUCUGAACUUAGUGGUGGAAGGAGGAGCAAAUAAUGGAAAGGCCAAUCUCUCACUUGCCUCGGGGGUGAAAGAUCUGAUGAAGCUUUUCUACAAGAAGUGAUCAUGUGUCUGGCAACCUUUUCUGCGGACAUGGAUUUGUUCCUCUCUAUUUUAGGUUGGUUCCCUCUGGCUACGUACUUACAUGUGCUAGCUCCAUAUAUGGUACUUCAAACUGCGUCUCCUGAUAUAUCAUCCAGGAGCCCCUCAUCAUACUCCAAGUGUUUUGUUUUCCCCUGAUAAUACUCCCUCCGGCUCCGCUUUAUAUAUAAAAUAUGUACGUGUCUGUGUAUACAGUGGUAACUAUUAAUCUUUAAAUCAAGUUUGGCUCCA